AAUUGAGGUUAGAAUAAGUCUGACAUUUAGUUUCAUCAGCCAGCCAGCUUUUUAUCACUUAAAUUGGGGCUAAAUCGGCUAAGAUAAACAUAAAUUUCCUACUCAAAGCCAGAAAUAAACUAGACAAUGGAUACUUUAUCAACGGGCUCUUUGAGCGGUGCACAGAAAGAGGAGUUAAUGGAUCAGGUGAAGCAACAAAUCGCGAUCGCAAACGCACAGGAACUGCUUACAAAAAUGUCAGAGAAGUGCUUCAAGAAAUGUAUCAAUAAGCCGGGCACAGCUUUAGAUAACUCCGAGCAAAAAUGUAUCGCUAUGUGCAUGGACAGAUAUAUGGAUGCGUGGAACCUUGUCUCGCGGACAUACAGCAGUCGUAUUCAGAGAGAAAGGAACAACCUAUGAAGCCUGUAGUUUCUUGUGUUUGUCUCGAGUCAAAGCAGUACUGUAAAUAUAAUAGAAGUACCAUAUAAUGUUAAAAUUGUGUGUUGCCUGCGAGUUGUUAUGUUGUGUUCAAUAAAAGAUUUUAGGUUAACUUGUGUGUUUACUGAUAACUAAACAAUUAUCAUUACAUAACAUGAAGACUACAGCCAAAAGAACUGAUGAACAAAUUGCUUGUAUGGUAUAAUUUAAUACUGUUACUGUACUGGCAUAAAUUUCAAGUUAAUGACAAAAAAGAAAUGGGCUUUUGGUUAAUAAAUAGGUUGUAUUUGGUUUGCAUUCAUGCAGUUGUUUAGUUAAUUUAAAAAAACUGCUCAUAAUGAACAAAGUGUAGAUUAUUAUGUUCAGUCAUUUAGUAAAAUAUUUGAAUGGAGAACUAAGUAAUGUAAAGUACAAUAAAACUUUUUAGUGCUGUUGA